UUUUGCAAGGUGCGUAGGAGGUUGUUACGUUCUGGGAGCGCCGUCGCGUUACUACGUCCGGUGAUGGCGGCUCUGUGUUCGAGCCCAUGAGGCGGGGGAACGGAGUACCGAGCCGGGGUGCGGGGAAGCAGAAGACGUCCGAGGCAAUGGCUGGGGUGUUUGACAUUGACCUGGACCAGCCAGAGGACGCCAUAUCAGACGAUGAACUGGAGGACGGGGGAACCUUGACUGAAUUCAUGGACCAUGGGAGCUUAUCUUAUGAACUGGGAGAUGAUCUUCUUGUCUCUUCCAGUGGCAUGGAACAUUGUGAAAAGUUUGAGAUCUCAGAGACAAGUGUGAACAGAGGUCCAGAGAAGAUCCGACCAGAAUGUUUUGAACUUCUUCGUGUACUGGGGAAAGGAGGUUAUGGAAAGGUUUUUCAGGUGCGGAAAGUAAUUGGAGCUCAUACAGGAAAAAUCUUUGCAAUGAAAGUGCUUAAAAAGGCAAUGAUUGUUCGAAAUGCUAAAGACACAGCUCACACUAAAGCAGAGCGGAAUAUUCUCGAAGAAGUAAAGCAUCCUUUCAUCGUGGAUCUUAUUUAUGCCUUUCAGACUGGUGGAAAACUCUACCUCAUCUUGGAGUAUUUGAGUGGUGGAGAACUCUUCAUGCAGCUAGAAAGAGAAGGGAUAUUUAUGGAGGACACAGCCUGUUUUUAUUUGGCAGAGAUCUCAAUGGCUUUAGGACAUUUACAUCAGAAAGGAAUCAUUUACAGAGAUUUGAAACCAGAGAACAUCAUGCUUAAUCAUCAAGGGCAUGUGAAACUUACUGAUUUUGGCCUUUGUAAAGAAUCUAUUCAUGAUGGCACUGUCACACACACCUUCUGUGGAACAAUAGAAUACAUGGCACCUGAAAUCUUAAUGAGAAGCGGUCAUAACCGUGCUGUAGACUGGUGGAGCUUGGGAGCCUUGAUGUAUGACAUGCUGACUGGAGCACCGCCAUUUACUGGUGAAAACAGAAAGAAAACAAUUGAUAAAAUUCUUAAAUGUAAAUUAAACCUGCCCCCCUACCUCACUCAAGAAGCCAGGGAUCUGCUUAAAAAGCUGCUAAAAAGAAAUGCUGCAUCUCGCCUUGGAGCAGGCGCUGGAGAUGCUAUAGAUGUGCAGGGUCACCCGUUUUUUAGACACAUCAAUUGGGAAGAACUUCUGGCUCGUAAGGUGGAACCUCCAUUUAAACCGCUUCUGCAAUCUGAAGAGGAUGUCAGCCAAUUUGAUUCGAAGUUUACACGACAGACCCCUGUGGACAGUCCAGAUGAUGCCACUCUCAGCGAAAGUGCCAACCAGGUGUUUGUGGGUUUUACCUAUGUGGCUCCCUCUGUACUUGAAAGUGUGAAAGAGAAGUUUUCAUUUGAACCAAAAAUUCGCUCUCCACGCAGAUUCAUUGGUAGUCCUCGAACACCUGUAAGCCCAGUGAAGUUUUCUCCUGGAGAUAUCUGGGCAAGAGGAGCAGCUGCUGGAACCUCAAACACUCAGACACCAGGGGAAUUUCGAAUGGAGGCAAGUGGUGUGGAACAAAUGGAUGUGACUGUAAGCGGGGAAGCUUCAGCACCACUACCAAUCAGACAAUCUAAUGCAGGCCCAUAUAAAAAGCAAGCUUACCCUAUGAUUUCUAAGCGACCAGAACAUCUACGCAUGAAUCUAUGACAGUGCAGUAUUUACAGAUAAAUUUUGACUUAUACAGGUGGUAAAAAAAGCAAGAAUUGUUAACUCCUCUUAUAACAAGACACGAAUGACCCUGUUGGGGGAAGCAAAUCAUGGAAUCAGUUGCUGCGCAGAAAUGUUUGAAAAGACUAAUGAACAUUAAUUUUUAAUAAAUAAUAUAUAUAUACAUAUAUAUAUAUCAGUGGUGCAAAAAAAAAAAAAAAAAAAAACAAAUUCAGUCAAAACUGCUCAUUAGAAAUGGAGACUACUUAUUUGGUGGAUUUCUACCUAAUUCUUUCCCUGUCAAAGUUGGAAGCUGACAGUAUUAAUUCAGGCAUAAAUGCAUCCAUCACAAUGUUUUAGAAGGUCACAAGAAUAGAUUUUUUUUAAAUCUAUGUCCAAAAUGUAUUAAAUGGGGCAAAAAAUAUUCAUGAUUACAUCAAAGCCAAGCCAAACUGUUAUACAGUUGAUAACAUUUGCUGAAUGAUGCUGUGUGAUCAGUACAAAUGUUACUAUCCAUUAAUGUGAAUGUACAAACUUGCAGUUCCAAACUAAAAUAGGGCUAGUUUUACCCAGAAUCCAAUUAGUUGUCUUCCAGUGUGUUAAAGAAAUACCUUCAAAUAGGUAUCUACAUAUGUAUGAUACUUACCUUUCUAUCCACUGACAUUUCUAUAACAGAAAUGCUUUACUUCGCUAUUCUAGUACAUAUGCAGGAAAGAUAAUUAUGGUCAGAGGUGUAAAUGGAUCCAUGUACCUUAAAGCGUCUGGAUGGUCACAAGUUGCCAAUAACCUACUUUCACUUUCCCCUCCUGUUUCCUGUGCUCCCACAGCAACAUUGUUCUGAGUGUUCAUCUAAUAAGAACUUUCAGUACUGGGACUUCACAAAUUUUCGAUUGUAAAAGUAUUACAUGGCCUUUAUACUCAUGUCUUCCAUAAUGAGAGAAACAAGUCUCAGAAGCUGAACCUUGGGAAUGUUAUCACAAUGCUGGUCUUGUCUUUGAUUCUGUAUGUAUGGCUUAAAGGUACAAAGAAAGAAAUAAAGGUAAAAUUACCUUGCUUGCCUUAAAGAAAUCUGUGGAUAUCACUUGAGGAUUAAUGCUUGCAAAUCCUUACACUUUUAUGCUGUGUGCUUUAGCAACACCAGGCAAUCUUGUUUGCCCUGUCUUUGUUUAACAUUUAGUCUAUACAAUUUUAAUAUAAGCUCUUCUAAAAUGGUAGCUUUGGCAAAUGUAUAUUAGCAAGAGUUGGUAUCUUCAAUGAAACAAAAAUGAUUUUUAGAUAUAAUAAUCAGUUCAGAGUUAAUUAUGCUGUAGGAUGCAAGCCAUAGCAAGAAUGUACCGAAAAUUUAAAAUGCCAAGGAGACCAAUUAAAGCUUCAGAAUGAAUGAGUAUAGAAAGGCUGUGGAUGGCGGACUGAGUGCACUUGUUCAGUCUUCUCUCUUGCAGAGCGUCUUCAGAGACUUAAGUGUUGAAAUUCUUAGCAAAUGUCUUUGUCUUUCAAUUGUAGCUUGUACAUUUUUGAUCCAUAUAUACUAUCAGAACAUUGUAAAAUGUGUGAUGUAUGUUACCCCAUCUAUAGUCAGGUAUUUUUCUGUACUUGACUAGCCAUUGCAUAUUAUGUAAGGAACAGAAACUUUGCGGCUUUGUCAGGUGUCCCUCUCCACCUUAUGCAAAAUUUGAUUGUGUGCUUUGUUUGCUAUUAUGAUUGAAGCAAUUAUACAAAUUCUGUGCUUCUAAGAAUGCUUUAUUUUCCA